CCAAGCGCCGCCGCAGAGCCGCCGCCGGGGCUGCCGGGCGAUGCCGCGCCGGGCCCGGGGCCGCCGGGGAGCCGCCCCAGGAUGGUUCCCCCCCCACCCGUCAGCAAGCCUCACGUGUGCCUCUCCACUGCGCUCAUCAUGACCAGCCUCAUCCUCAUGGAUGUCUAUCUGGUGGAACAGAGCCAGGGCUCCAGGAAACUGGGAAUCUGUGUGAUGGUGGCAGUGGGCGAUGUGUGCUUCCUACUGGUGCUCCGCUAUGUGGCCAUCUGGGUUGGGGCAGAGGUAAAGACAGCAAAGCGGGGCUAUGCCAUGAUCCUCUGGUUCCUGUACAUCUUUGUUCUGGAGAUCAAAGUCUACUUUGUGUACCAGAACUACAAAGCUGACCGGAAAAGCCUGGAUCUCAUAGCCCGCAAAGCACUGACCUUACUGCUCUCCAUCUGCAUCCCAGCCCUCUAUGUGUUGUUGGUGGCCACAGAGCACAUGGAGUACGUUAGGACAUUCAAGAAGAAAGAAGAUCUCCGCAACCGCCUCUUCUGGGUUAUUGUGGACAUGCUGGACGUGCUAGACAUCCAGGCCAACCUGUGGGAGCCCCAGAAGAAGGGGCUGCCACUCUGGGCUGAGGGCCUGAUGUUCUUCUACUGCUACAUCUUGCUCCUGGUCCUCCCUUGUGUGUCCCUCUGUGAGAUCAGUAUGCAAGGGAUUGGCAUUAUGCCGCACCGGAUGAUGCUGUAUCCCAUGCUGAGCAUGCUCACUGUCAACAUCACCACCAUCUUCAUCCGAGGCAGCAACAUGGUCUUCUUCAGGGAUGCCCGGGUCUCCAGCAUCUUUAUGGGCAAGAACAUGCUGGCCAUUGGGCUGAAGGUCUGUACAUUUGUGCAGUACCAGCAGCACCGGAAGCACGGGCCCUUGGGGCCAGACCUGCCCCUGCAGCACAGCUCCCAAGCCCAGCCCUCUCCAGGGCUGCACAAAUCCCGCGAGCAGCCCACCUGCCCUGAGGAGCUGGCCCAGGACAAUACGUGACAAGCCAGCACGAGCCACAGCCUGGGCACCACCCUGCCUGGUUGUAUCUGGACAUGACUCCAAGCCCAGACAGAGGGCAAUGACCCUGCUCCCUCCCUCCCUGGGCGAAGAUGCUCCAGUCCCCAAGGGCCGCAUGGCAAGGGUUCUCCGGUAGCAGCCUCCGUGAGGCCGGCGAGCAGUUUGGGACCUCAGCACCAGGGGUGCUUCACUCGGGCCAGGGUGCUCCACUGGGAUACUGUGGGCACCUGCUCCGCUGCUGUGGUUACUCUGGCUCCAGCACUAUCCUUGGCAGCAGCUGACUACUCACUGGCUGAGCCAGGGUCUCCAUGCUUGGGGAACCCAGCAUGGGCCUCCCCUGCCUGUCACCCCUCUCGGCCAGCCCCAGGGACUACAAGGGGUGACGGUCCUUUUUUGUGUCUCCCUCUUUGCAAUAAAAGA